UCAAUUGGCCAAUCUCUUCUCCCAGGGAAAAAAAAAAGUAAAUCAAACCUUUGAGAAGCAUUUGCUGGUUGAAGUGCUUUCUGUCUAGUGAGGGGGUCUGUGGAUUUCUAGUUUAUGAUAAAUAGGACUUUAAAAACCAAGGACAGGAGGGCGAGUGUUCAGGUUCUAGAGCUAUGCAGCUGGAGCACUGCCUUUCUCCUUCUAUCAUGCUCUCCAAGAAAUUUCUCAAUGUGAGCAGCAGCUACCCACAUUCAGGCGGAUCUGAGCUUGUCUUGCACGAUCAUCCCAUUAUCUCGACCACUGACAACCUGGAGAGAAGUUCACCUUUGAAAAAAAUUUCCAGGGGGAUGACGAAUCAGUCAGAUACAGACAAUUUUCCUGACUCCAAGGACUCACCAGGGGACGUCCAGAGAAGUAAACUCUCUCCUGUCUUGGACGGGGUCUCUGAGCUUCGUCACAGUUUCGAUGGCUCUGCUGCAGAUCGCUACCUCCUCUCUCAGUCCAGCCAGCCACAGUCUGCGGCCAGUGCUCCCAGUGCCAUGUUCCCGUACCCCGGCCAGCACGGACCGGCGCACCCCGCCUUCUCCAUCGGCAGCCCCAGCCGCUACAUGGCCCACCACCCGGUCAUCACCAACGGAGCCUACAACAGCCUCCUGUCCAACUCCUCACCGCAGGGCUACCCUACCGCCGGCUACCCCUACCCACAGCAGUACGGCCACUCCUACCAAGGAGCCCCGUUCUACCAGUUCUCCUCCACACAGCCCGGGCUGGUGCCCGGCAAAGCGCAGGUGUAUCUGUGCAACAGGCCCCUUUGGCUGAAAUUUCAUCGGCACCAAACGGAGAUGAUCAUCACCAAACAGGGAAGGCGCAUGUUUCCUUUUUUAAGUUUUAACAUUUCUGGUCUCGAUCCCACGGCUCAUUACAAUAUUUUUGUGGAUGUGAUUUUGGCGGAUCCCAAUCACUGGAGGUUUCAAGGAGGCAAAUGGGUUCCUUGCGGCAAAGCGGACACCAAUGUGCAAGGAAAUCGGGUCUAUAUGCAUCCGGAUUCCCCCAACACCGGGGCUCAUUGGAUGCGUCAAGAAAUCUCUUUUGGAAAAUUAAAACUUACAAACAACAAAGGAGCUUCAAACAACAAUGGGCAGAUGGUGGUUUUGCAGUCCUUGCACAAGUACCAGCCCCGCCUGCAUGUGGUGGAAGUGAACGAGGACGGCACCGAGGACACCAGCCAGCCCGGCCGCGUGCAGACAUUCACUUUCCCUGAGACUCAGUUCAUCGCCGUCACCGCCUACCAGAACACCGAUAUUACACAACUGAAAAUAGAUCACAACCCCUUUGCAAAAGGAUUUCGGGAUAAUUAUGACACGAUCUACACUGGCUGUGACAUGGACCGCCUGACCCCCUCGCCCAACGACUCCCCGCGCUCGCAGAUCGUGCCCGGGGCCCGCUACGCCAUGGCCGGCUCUUUCCUGCAGGACCAGUUCGUGAGCAACUACGCCAAGGCCCGCUUCCAUCCGGGCGCGGGCGCGGGCCCCGGGCCGGGCACGGACCGCAGCGUGCCUCACACCAAUGGGCUGCUGUCGCCGCAGCAGGCCGAAGACCCGGGCGCGCCGUCGCCACAGCGCUGGUUUGUGACGCCGGCCAACAACAGGCUGGACUUCGCCGCCUCGGCCUACGACACGGCCACGGACUUCGCGGGCAACGCGGCCACGCUGCUCUCCUAUGCGGCGGCGGGGGUGAAGGCGCUGCCGUUGCAGGCGGCCGGCUGCACGGGCCGCCCGCUGGGCUACUACGCCGACCCGUCGGGCUGGGGCGCGCGCAGUCCCCCGCAGUACUGCGGCGCCAAGUCGGGCUCGGUGCUGCCUUGCUGGCCCAACAGCGCCGCGGCCGCCGCGCGCAUGGCCGGCGCCAACCCCUACCUGGGCGAGGAGGCCGAGGGCCUGGCCGCCGAGCGCUCGCCACUGCCGCCCGGCGCCGCCGAGGACGCCAAGCCCAAGGACCUGUCCGACUCCAGCUGGAUUGAGACGCCCUCCUCCAUCAAGUCCAUCGACUCAAGCGACUCGGGGAUUUACGAGCAGGCCAAACGGAGGCGGAUCUCGCCUGCCGACACGCCCGUGUCCGAGAGCUCGUCCCCACUCAAGAGCGAGGUGCUGGCCCAGCGGGACUGCGAGAAGAACUGCGCCAAGGACAUAGGCGGCUACUACGGCUUCUACUCGCACAGCUAGGCCGCCCCUGCCUGCCCCGGUCCUGGCCCUGGCCCUGCCGCGGCCCGGCCCCAGCCUGCCCCUCGCGCCUCGCUCCCGGCUCCUCCUCCCCAAGCCCCACUUCGCGCACCCCCUCACUUUAUUUGACCCUUGAACACCGUCUGCAGCGAAUUAGGACAGGUCUCCGAGUGUGAUUUUAACCUCUUUUUUUGCACAGCAGUUCCUGCAGUUAGCGCACCGACCUUCAACUUGGCUGUAAACCUCUUUGGUUUCUCCUACUUUCCUUCUGUGAAGUUAUCCUCCUAACAGUCCUCGUCCCCCUCGUCUUUUCCUCACUCUCCCCUUCUCUUUCUCGUAAUGAAACUCUUCACCUUUAGGAGACCUGGGCAGUCCUGUCAGGCAGCAGCGAUUCCGACCCGCCAAGUCUCGGCCUCCCCAUUAACCAUAGGAUGUUGACUCUAGAGCCUGGACCCACCCAGCGCGUCCUUUCAUAUCCCCGAGUGGAUGGAUGGAUGGAUGGUAGGGAUGUUAAUAAUUUUAGUGGAACAAAGCCUGUGAAAUGAUUGUAUAUAGUGUUAAUUUACUGUAACGAAUGGCUAGUUUUUAUUCUCAUUGUCAAGGCACAAAACCAGUUCAUGCUUAACCUUCUCAUUCAUUUCUUUUCCUUUCUUUGCCUUUUUCUCCACUCCCCCCUGUCUCCCCUUUAAAAAAUUUUCUUGUGAGAUAAUUAACAAUAUUCUAAGAGGCUCUGGAAACUUGAAAUACUUGAUAAGUAAUGAUGGGUUUAUUACUUCUCCUCAAUCCAUUGCAUGACAAUUACUCUGUGCCCUACUGCACACAAAUAGCUAAGGAAAAUCUGACCAAACACCUGUAAAGGAUAGGUGUCUGUUCAUAGGCAAGUCGAUUAAGUGGCAUGAUGCCUGCAAAGCAAAGUUAACUGGAGUUAUAUGUUCUCCACCCCCCUCCUUCUAAAUAGAAUAGCUCAACAUCAGCAAUAUUAUUUUGCCUUAUUUGUUUUUCCCCAAAGUGCCAAAUCCAUUACUGGUCUGUGCAGGUGCCAAAUAUGCUGACAAACUGUUUCUGAAUAUCUUUUCAGUUCCCCCCCUCCACCUUUAUAUGCUGUAAAUCUUUGUAAUGAAUAUUCUACUAAUGAUAUAGAUGACUGAAUUGUUGGUAACUAUAGUGUAGUCUAGUGAAGAUGAAUUGUGUGAGUUGUAUAUUUUACUGCAUUUUUAGUUUUGAAAAUGAUUUCCCCGCCACCUAGAAACAGCUGAAAUUUGACUUCUUUGGGAAAACACUAGCAUUAAUGCAAGUAAGACUAUGUUUUUCCCCCCUCUAAGUCUUGUUAUAUUUGAUAAGGAGCACCAAUCCCCCUGAAAAUAGAUUCGUAGGAUUUCUAAUGUUGUGUAGCAAACCUAUACUUUUUUUUUGUAUUUUAAAAUUAAUGUGAAAUAUGCAUCAUACACAAUAUUCAAUCUAGAUUCCAGUCCAUUGGGGGGAUUUUUUCCUAAUAGGAAUUCUGAGUCUAACCGUGUGUAUAUUUUGGCUCUUCUGUAAAUCUAAUGUUGUGAUUUUUAUAUUUGUUUCGUUUUGUCUGUGAACUGAAUAAUUUAUACAAGUACACACUCCAUUGAGAAACGUUUUGUUUUUUGCUCGUUUGUAUUGUCUGUGUAUAACAAGUAAAAUAAAUCUGGUAAAACGCUA